GCUGCUUCAGUGUAAUCCGCGCUGGAGACAAAUUCAGAGCAACAACUAUCCUACAAACAACAUUUUUUGAUCGCAACUCGCAGUGUUUUUUGACCACACAAACCCCAUUACACAGGAGAAGAGGAGCUGAGAUUUUUUCAGAUUUUGGAAUUGAAAGACAAGAAAAACAUUUCACCCGUGACUUCAGAAUAGUCUUCUUCAUCAUCAGCAACUCAAAGGUGCAGAAAGGGAAACAAUCAUGAAGAAGGGAAAGCAGGUGGGUGAUGACAAGGAGCCCCCCAGUUAUCAGGAGGCGACUGCAGGCUAUGAUGAAAUGGAGGCCCAGUUCGCCUGGGACGACAAGAACAUCAGACGGACCUUCAUCAGGAAGGUCUACGCCAUUCUCCUGGUUCAGCUGUUAGUGACCGUGGCCAUCGUUUGUCUCUUCUCAUUUUGUGGACCUGUGAGGUAUUAUAUCCAGACUCAUCCAGGCUUGUACAUGUUAUCUUAUCUUGUAUUCUUUGCCACCUACAUCGCACUGUCCUGCUGUGGAGAGCUGAGGAGGCAGUUUCCUUGGAAUAUCAUUUUGUUAGUUCUUUUUACUGUGAGCAUGGCCUCCAUGAUGGGAUUUGUGUCGAGCUUUUACAACACCAAAUCAGUGGUUCUGUGUCUGGGAAUCACAACUCUGGUGGUUCUUUCUGUCACCCUCUUCAGCUUCCAGACCAAGAUUGACGUCACAUCCUGUCAGGGCCUCCUGUUUUCUCUGUGCAUGGUCAUGCUCCUCUGUGCCAUCACCCUCUCUAUUGUCGUCCCUUUCGGAUACGUUCCCUGGCUACAUGCCCUUUAUGCUGUGGGAGGAGCCAUUCUCUUUACUCUGUUCCUGGCGUUUGACACCCAGUUGCUGUUAGGGAACAAGCGCUACACUAUAAGUCCAGAGGAAUAUGUUUUUGCCACCCUGAGCCUCUACCUGGAUAUCAUCUACCUGUUCACCUUCCUGCUACAGAUCUUUGGAGGAGGCCGCGAGUAAAGCAUUUCUCUCAGCACUUUUUCCCCUACAUACAACAAAUCAACUUGGAUUUAUAACCCUCAUGAACAAGAUGGCAUCAGGGCUAUACGGUUUUUCAUGAGUCACUGUUUGGAAGUUUGUUUUUUUCCUGAUGUAAUAUUGUCCAUACAAUCCUGCUGCUGGUUUUGUCGCUACGCCCUAAUAUAUAUUCUACACUGCCUGAUACCUCGCUGUAGUCGUCCACUGUACUCUGGCCGGUCCUUUAUAUGUGUUUUUGUAUUACUCUGGGGUCGACUGUGACCCCACCGUCCUACAGCAUGUGCUUAAACAGUCAUUAAGCUGCCUGCACAUGAUAAGAAAUUUGCUAUUCGCUCACCGUGAUGUUAGGGCUAUAACCGCAAUACUGCAAUACCGCGAUAUUGAAAAGACAACCGCAGGGGAUGGCAAGCAACCGCCACAACCGCUAUGUUCCCGUUUUUUUCUAUUUUGAAGUCUUUGCACUAGGAGGGACGCAUUUUUACACUUUGCUACAAAUGGCAGCAGCGUGACGAGGCGCUGAGCGUCUAUUAGCGCUGCACGUAUGGUGUUUUCUUUCUGGUUACUGAGAGUUGGAAAAUGUUCAACUUUGGGUAAAACUCCACUAUGACCAACCAUCACAUCCUACAUGUAGACUACAAGUGCUGCACAACAACAAUAACGGAGGAGAAAUGAAUACACAUAGACCGGCAGGUCCGUCCUCUCUCCCUACGGGCUUCGACCUUCCCUUCCAGAGCAAGUACUCUACCGUGUGCCGACGAGUUGAUAUUCUGUAUCAUGGCAACCAGAUGCAACCAAAGCGUCUCAUUGCCCUUCUGUGUUCUCCAUUGAAUAAUAAACAUGCAUUUAAUUUAUUGUUUUUUUUU